AUGAAGCACAGAGUUCAGACAAUCUUGAAUAAGAAUACUUCUUUGAGUGAUGACACUUGGGGAUGCAUUACCAAAUAA